AUGAGAUUAAGACCAACAAUUGUAAAGUCGCUUGUGCGCGGCUGCAGUGGGCGCGCCCAAACCACCAAUUCCACCCGAUUAUUGUCAGGCACCUCACGCCGCCCAAGCAGGCUUCGCGCUCGCCUCGAGAUUCCUCCUCCGUUCCCUGUCACCAAAACGUGCCCCGAGCCGACAUGCGACUGCCCAUCGACACCAUCCAUGCCGGAAGGACUGCCGAUUGAUCAUGAGCAAGCUUUGAACGGGACGAUGGUGGCGUAUGCGCAACAGCUUUUGAUCUGUACUGGGCAGAGAGACUGGACAAGCAAGAUUGAAAAUGACGGAGAGAAUACGGGCUGGGGUGAUCUUGUUAGAGGCCUCAAGCGCCUACUCGGUCGCGGAGGUCCAUAUCUGGAUCCGUUCAAUAAUGUUCUUGUCACUAAUUCCUCCAUCACCCCCGCUGCGAGUACCCGCGCCACCGCCUCCGCAUUCCUAUUCCCUAGCUUCAAAUACAUUCCUUCUAUCCCCGUUGAGAUACUCUCCUCUCUGAACACCACCGACUUGACCACCUUUGUUCGCGCAUUUCUCCUUCCUGAGCGACUACAUGAAAUGCACUCGUCUUUGCCCGAAGCCAAGCAAGCCGACAUGACUAGGGCUCCUGAAUUUGCGUCCAACUUUACUGGCAUCAUCGAUAUUGAACAUUCGCCUACCGUUUUAAUCUGUGGACACGGGGGUCGCGAUAUGCGCUGUGGUGUCAUGGCCCCUGCACUCGAGACCGAAUUCCAGCGCGUUCUUCAAGCUCAGGGGUUUACCUCCACGGAUAGUGAUGGUACGAACAUCGAUGAUCCCAAGCAUGCCCACAUUGGUCUGAUCAGCCACGUUGGUGGCCACAAGUAUGCCGGUAAUGUCAUUGUGUAUAUCCCACCGAAGAUGACAAUGGGAGGCUCAGAGCCUCACCCGCUGGCGGGCAAGGGGAUCUGGUAUGGUCGCGUCGAGCCCAAGCAUGUGCAAGGCAUAGUAGACGAAACUAUUCUUGGGGGCAAAGUACUUACGGAUCACUUCCGUGGUGGCAUUGACCGGAAUGGAGACAUUCUACGGUUAUAG